AUGAUCAUGGCACAGCUGGCCUCGUUCCACAAGGGGAAAGGGCGGUUGGGAUCCGUGGAUGCGCGUUGGGCAGCAACCACCCUUGUGGAGGGGGGUCGUUUGACGGACGCUGAGUGGUGGAACAUGUUCGGGGGAGAGCACCGUAACCUCAAGGAGCUGGAUGUGAUGGUGCCCUCGCAGCCCGUCACGUCCUCCGAGGAGGAACAGUAUUGGUCCGCCCUUGCACGGGUGCAGCGGCGGGACCGGAACCGCCUUAAUGCCUCCAGCAUGACGGAUGUCACCUUCGUAGCUUUCAGCCGGAGGGCGAGAGACUCUUAUGACCACGAAGAGGAGGAGGAGGUUGAGAGCGAUGGGUCCGAACCUGAGGAUGCUGCCGCCACCACAAGCAAGGGUAACGGCAACCCUUGGGACUGCAGUGAUGGUGACAGUGGGGAGGAGGAGGAGGAGGAGGAGGAGGAGGAGGAGGAGGAGGAGGAGGAGUAG